GAAGUGGUAAAUACAUGAGAAGAAUCUUGCAGGUGUAAUUUCCCAAACGGAUCCACGGUCUUGGUAGAUCAAUAUGAUAAUAUGCCUUUAAAAAUUAACAUUGCUACAUAAACCAGUAUUAUCCAGCCCUUUGUGCGCUUGGCUGUGUUCAAUGAGGUUUUGUAUUUCACUGUUUUUUGGCAAACGUUCGCAUGCUCAACCUUAAAUCAACACUAAAUCUAACUGCACAGUUAUUGUUAUUAAAACUGUAUUCACAAGUUCAGGACACACUGAAUGUCACUGAAAACAAGUCAGUGGCAAUCUACAACACUGAGCAUACCAGGCAGGGAAGAGGGGUGCUUUAUGAAAAAGAUACUGCUUGAAUCAGGGUUAUUUCAGAUGUUACAAACUUGAUUUUCUUCUUUGCAAACAAUGAAAGGGAUGCCUUGCUUCUGCUUGACUCUGUCUUCCUUGUGGGAACGGAUGGUGAAGGCUUACAAAUACAUGGGCAGUAUUUUCACAGUGACUCACACCUCAGUGCAACAGGCUUCAGACUGUGACGGGCAGCCAACCAAGAUGGAUGUAAGCAUACUUGAGGAGCAGUAUGACUGUAUAAAACAGAAGCAAAAGCUGAAGACACACAUUAUUGUAUUUAAAACAGGUGAGAAUGAUUCUGUUCAUGAAGAAUCACUGGUCAAUGCAGUUCUAAUUAAUAAGAAAGAAAGGAAAACAAAAGCAUUUAAAGAAUGCCUUCCUGUCAGAAACGUCAGCCUGGAGUUGACUUGCAAUGGCAACAUAGAAGACAAUUCAGCAUGGCGUACCCACUUAGGAAUCCAUCGACUAGUUCAAGCUGGUUGCCAGAGAGCUCCAUGUGAUCUUUCCCACUGCAAGAACAAACCACGUAGCUUUGACAACGAGAGACUGACUCUGAAGGAAAAUAUCACACUGCCAUGUGAAAAAUCACAAACAAUGAAUGAACAAGCCACAAAAUUACCUGAUGAACUGGAAAAUUCAAGUGUGUUAAGCAGUCCCGCUGGUGAGAAUAGUGCCUCCAUUUCAGAUAUCAGCCAGAAUUCUCCUUUGAAGUCAGUCACUUCAGCAAUUUGGACAGAUCAGCAGAUUUCAUCCACAAAAUGUAUGCCAGCUUCCAACAAGCUAACCUUUUACCCUUUUCCUAAAAAAAAACACCCAGGAUCUCAGAAGCUGCAAGAAGGCUUGGAUUAUAUGUCUCACCAUAACAGAAUUUCCAUAAUAUAUACGAUUUAGUAAGAAAUUUAAGUAAAAUUUCAGUAGAAUAAAUGUUAAACUCAUUUUGAUUCACUUGCUAAGGACUUAAUACUUUACACAAUGACGAUCUUAUAGUGUAAAGUUUCUUAGAUUGUAGCCUGUUAAAUAAGUAGCACUGUCAUAAAGAGUGUUGGUCAAUAAAUAACAACUAUCUCUAUAGCAUCAUUAGGAUACCCAUAUUCACGUUUAUCUCAUCAAAUAUAGGAAGAAUUAUGUAAUUUAGUUCAGUUUGCAGUUAUUUCUUCUUUUCUCUGCACCCAAACUACUGCUAUUUACUGAAUAAAAUUUUAUCUUAACAAGAUUACAAAACAAUUUGAAGGAGCUGUAAUAAUUGAUGUUUGAACAAGCAACAGAGGACGCAGGUUUAGAACAUGGUUUUGUUAUUCGUUUACCUCCAAAUGUCAUUUAUGAUAAAUUGUCAGGUGUAUUUUAUAAUUAGUGAAUAAAACCUUCAGUAUUUCAAUUGCC